AUGGAGGCAGAUUGGGAUGAGAUCACUCGCAUCGCAGUGCCUUCGUCGGGUCUGCAUGCAAUUCCAGCUCCAGCCAGUGCAGUUGCCUUCGAUGAUUUACAGGAACUUUUGUGGGUAGGCAACGAUCAGGGACGAGUCACAUCAUUCUAUGGUCCCGAACUGCAACGGUACGUCUCGGUCAAGGCUCAUCUGGGGGAAGGGCCAGUCAAGCAGCUGUUGGUCCACGAAAAGGGUAUCAUAUCCAUCUCGUCUUCCAGCGUCCAUUUCGUCACCCGCAGAGGCUUGACACAAUGGCACGUCUCACAUCGCCUGAUGACGGAUCUCCGUUGCAUGGCUUUUGCUGCCACAAACAAUCUCAUCAUUGUGGCAGGAUGUCAAAGCACCUUCUUUAUCAUUGAUAUAGACAAAGGUCAAAUUAUUUCGGAACAUCCUGCACAGGCCAAGUACACCAUCCUGAGGAAAAGCCGUCACAUAUGUGCUGCGACCGAUGACGGCAACGUGCAUAUUCUCUCCUUGACCGACUAUCAGCUCCUCAAAUCCUGGAAAGCCCAUUCCAGCGCUGUCAAUGACAUGGACGCGCGCAAUGACUUUCUUGUCACCUGCGGUUUCUCGGUCAGGCAAUUGGGCGUACCUAUCGUCGAUCCAUUGGCCAAUGUCUACGAUCUAAAGUCUCUCACAUCUCUGCCCCCGAUACCUUUUCAUGCAGGUGCCGCAUACGCGCGCUUGCAUCCGAAACUCCAGACCACCAGCUUUGUCGCAUCACAAACCGGGCAAAUGCAGGUGGUGGAUCUGAUGAAUCCCGUAAAUGUCAUGCUCAAACAGGCCAACGUCCAAUUUAUGCUAGGAAUGGAAAUCGCCUCUUCGGGAGACGCCCUGGUAAUUACGGAUUCGAAUGGAUGGAUAUACCUUUGGGGAUCUCCCUCCAAAGUCCGCUUCAAUAACAUUAGCAAGGAAACAGAAUUUGCAGAUCCUCCUUCACAGCAGAUUCCUCACGUCGACUGGAACGACUCGCCGCUCAACACCAUAGGCAUGCCAUACUAUUCAGAACCUCUAUUGUCGGCGUGGCCAAGUCAUAUGGUAUUUGAGGUGGGCGCGCCACCAGUGCCAGUCGAGCCAUCGCUGCUGUUCCACAUGCAGACUGCCGAAAUGGGACAUUAUGCGCCGAACCUGAAUCCUCGAAAGCUUCUCCGCUACCAGGUGGAAGACACCAGAAUAGGCCACGUGCCGGCCUCAAUCACUGCGCCCAAAUUCCUGAGCGAAAAGGCGAAGGAGGCGCCAGCCAAUGGAAAUGGCAGGAAGCUUUCCGACGCCGCCGAAGCAUUGGCUGGGAUAUCUCUCAAUGGCCGGGCGCAGACUGAUGAAGAACGAAUGCUCAAAUAUAGCAAUGUUGAGAUCAAGUACAGCAGAUUCGGAGUUGAUGACUUUGAUUUCCGAUACUACAACAAGACUCCUUAUUCUGGACUGGAAACGCACAUUGCAAACUCGUUCAUCAACUCACUGUUACAGCUGUACAAAUUCAUUCCCCUCAUCCGCAAUGUGGCCAUCCAGCAUGCUGCCACGUCGUGCGUAGCAGGUCAGUGUCUACUGUGCGAAUUUGGCUUUCUCUUCGACAUGCUGGAAAAGGCGAACGGUCAGAAUUGCCAGGCGACAAAUCUUUUGAGGGCCUUCGGAGCAUCUAGGGAAGCUGCGAAUCUUAGCCUUUUCGAAAAUUUGUCGUUGGGCAACGGGACACCCCUGUCGACCACGAUUCAGGCUGUAAAUCGAUUCUUUUUGAAGCAAAUUGCGCACGACUAUGUCACGAUGGCGACCAGUAGUGAUGGCAUCGAUGAGAUUAUUGCCAGCAAAGCCUUUGAAGCCAUCCGUUGCAUGUAUUGCAGCAAUGAGACAACCAAACCGGCAAGCACAUAUGUGCACGACCUCGUCUAUCCGCAACUCGAACCAAAGCACUCUAUCAGAUACAUCAAGUUUUCGUCCAUCCUCAAGACCACCAUCGAACGAGAAGCUAAGAACCGGGGUUGGUGUAGUCGAUGUCGGAGAUAUCAACAGCUGGCAAUUCGAAAGACAGUCCGACAGCUACCUUUCGUGUUGAUGAUUAACGCAGCGCUGGGAACCAACCCUGCAAUGCGCGCAAUCUGGGAGACGCCGGGUUGGCUCCCUUCCGAAAUCGGGGUUAUCGUACAGGAUAGGAACGUGUACGUCUUCGAAGGUUCCGACCUCGCCUUGCACCAGCGAAACAAAUCACCGGGCCUGGUGAUCUACGAGCUCGUUGGCUUCGUCGCCGAGAUUGACACCAGUGAACGGCAUCAACCUCACCUCGUCAGCAUGGUGAACGUGGAGGUAUCUAGCAGCGGGCCCGAGAUGUCCCACAAUCACAAAGUAUUUCCCAAUUGGCAUCUCUUCAACGACUUUCUGGUGUCUCCCGUCGAUCCAAGAGAAGCCGUCCAUUUCAACAAGGGGUGGAAAAUGCCCAGCGUCAUUGCCUAUCAAGUCAAGAAUGCACACGGCAAGCUUGAUCACAACUGGAAACGAAAUUUGGACACUACCCUAUUAUAUCAGCACUAUAGCAUCAACGGUCUCUAUCCUAAAGAAGGUUGCAAGAUCCUCACUCCCGAAGAGCACCCGGAGAAAGGCACUCCCAUUGCGCUAGACACCGAGUUUGUCGAACUGGAGAAAGCCGAGAUCAACGUGAAAGCCGACGGCACGCAAGAAACCAUUCGGCCCGCGAAGUCCGGCCUUGCACGCGUCAGCGUGGUACGCGGUCAAGGCGAGGAUGAAGGCGUUCCUUUUAUCGAUGACUACAUCACCAUCUACGAGCCGAUUGUUGACUACAAAACCCAGUAUUCGGGAAUUCGCCCAGGCGAUCUCGAUGCCCAAGUCUCACAUCACAACCUCGUGCCUCUGAAAGUGGCCUACAAAAAGCUAUGGAUUCUGCUUAACCUUGGUUGUACUUUCGUUGGGCACGGUUUGGCAUCUGAUUUUCGGAAGGCUAAUAUUCAUGUCCCCAAGUCUCAAACGGUGGACACGCAGUUCUUGUACCUCGCACCUGGGAAGAACCGGCGAUUCUCGCUGCGGUAUCUUGCAUGGGCGGUGUUCAAGGAAUACAUCCAGGAAGAGACGACGCUGGAUGAGGCGAUGCACAUCGACGGGCAUGACAGCAUUGAAGACGCGCGCAUGGCGCUACGCUUGUGGCGCAAGUUUCAGGAAUAUGAAGAUGCGGGCAUCGCAGAGCAGAUGAUCGAAGACAUCUACCGCAAGGGCACGAAAUAUGGCUGGAAACCUCCUCCGCGCAGUAUUGGUGGAACAUUGAUGCCUUUGGAAGGUAUUGGUACCGGAGCAGCAAACAGCGCUGUACAGAGCGGGAGAAACACCCCGGAUUUGAUGGCAUUGCCUUCGUCGGUGGGUGGUACGCCGUUGCCGACUUCACCGCCCAAGGGGACUGGAAGUGCCAGCGGUAGCGGCAGUGGCAGUGGCAGUUCAGUCGGAGGAGGGUUCAAGUUCAAUGCCGCGGGAGUGGGCAAUUUUGUACCGGGCAAUGGGAUCAUCAAGGAGAGUCCGCUUCGAUAG